AAUGAAAUAAUAAUAUUUUUUCCAUGAAAAGUUGGGGAAAUUCAAAGUCCAACAAUCGCAGUGCCUGGCGUAAACCAAUCAAAACAUGGAAAGACGUUAUUCAAACCCUCCCAAUAACUAACAUCCCUGUACAGAUACCAACCCCAGCGUGCGCUUCUUUCUCUAUUAUCCCCUUUCCUUCUACUUAUUUUUUCAACAAUUGAACCAUCCUUCACACAGUUGCAGUUGACCGUGGAGGGUGCAGACAGUGAGUCUUUCAGAUUAUCAUCCAGCGUUUCAUUUUAGCAAAUGAUUUAUUUGAUUAAGGAUUUGCAAUAUUCAAAAUAUAUGAUAUCAUAACAACUGAAGGAAGACGCAGGGAUUUGCUACUUGUUAUGACAUACAAGAACGGCCAUAGCGUGUUGUUAUAUGUUAUUGUUGGACAUAACUAGGAUUGUUUGUUGGUGUGAGAAAUAUAUAGUACCUGGCCAAUAAAACGGAUUCCUGAUGUAAUGCCACACUCUUUUAAGGUCAGGGCGGUGGCUAUGUUGGAAGCUGUACAGGAGAUUGCCAUCUACAUUCAUAGGUUUCACAAUCUUGAUCUUUUCCAGCAAGGAUGGUAUCAAAUUAAACUUACUAUGAGAUGGGAAGAUGAUGAAGAUGUAUCUUUUGGAAUCCCAGCUAGAGUUGUUCAAUAUGAAGCUCAUGAUCUGCAUGCAAGCAGUAUAUAUGGUAUUUGGAGAAUUGAUGACACAGACAAUAGUUUCUCGAGCCAGCCCUUUCGGAUAAAAUAUGCUAGGCAGGACAUUCAUUUAUGUAUGAUGAUCUCAUUCAAAUUAUCUCUAAGUAGAUUUGAGGUUUUACCUACAACAGGUGUAAUUUUAAAGUUUGAACUUAUGUAUGCUCCUACAUUUGAAAAUGGUGCUGACUUGCAAGCUUCUCUGGAUGCUUACCCAGCUGCUGUCCAUGAAUUCCGAAUUCCUCCUAAAGCACUUCUGGGAUUACAUUCAUAUUGUCCUGUACAUUUUGAUGCUUUACAUGCAGUGCUAGUUGAUGUCAGUGUACAUGUAAGUUUACUGAAAGCUGCCUCUAACCAAUCUGCAUCGAAGGUACCCAGCUUUUCUCGCAAUGCUGAAUUUGUUGCUGAUAGAAGUUAUGACUCAUUGAACCAAGUUUCGAGUGAUGUUGCCUCUGUAAAGUUUAAAAAUGCCAUGCUUGUUAAAGCAUUACUAACAGCUCAUGAUAUAUUGCUUGAAGAAUUGCAAAAGAUUAGCAAAGCAGUUGGUCAAGCUAUAGAUAUUUCAGAGGUUCUGUCCAAACGGAACAGUAUGAAGUUAAAUUCUAUUCCGCAAUCUGAUCAGUUUACAAAUGAAGUUGAAAUUUCAGGUCAAGACAAGCCACAAAAUGGUCCCGAGGGAGGAAAUGGAGCUCUAGCUUUUGAGAAUGCUGAAAAGCUUUGUUCUUUGUCAACGAGAGAGCUGUUGAACUGUUAUCAUUCAGUGGGAAAUCAAUUGUUGUAUUUAUGGAACAUAUUUCUGAAGUUCCACAGGGAAAACAAAAUAAAGAUUCUAGAAUUUUUGCGUGAGACAUGGGCUAAGGAUCGAAAAGCUGAAUGGUCAAUAUGGAUGGUGUACUCUAAGGUUGAGAUGCCUCAUCAUUAUAUAAACAGUGAGAGUGAUGAGUCUCCCCAUCGUGCAGCUAACAAAAGAAUUUCCAGUAUGUGGAAGCUACCUGAUGAGCCUCCUGAGACUGCUGCUACACGUGCAGAACUUCGUCGUAGAAGCAUAGCACAAAUGAGGAUUAACAACCGGUCAAUUCAAGAUAUGCACAUAUUUGGAGAUCCUUUACACAUACCAAUUGUGAUUGUUGAACGUGUGAUGAACGCACCACGUCGAACUAUCAGCGAUAAUUCAUACUUGAGAAAUUUAGAAUUCACUAGCAUUCAAACUGGGCUCAACUUGGACUCUGCAAAUGAAAUAUCUGCUAGUCCUCGUGUCUUGAAGAUUGUUGUGUUUGUUCAUGGGUUUCAGGGACAUCAUUUGGACCUACGGCUUAUUCGAAAUCAAUGGCUUCUGUUAGACCCCAAGAUAGAAUUUCUUAUGUCAGAGACCAAUGAGGAUAAAACCUCAGGAGACUUCAGACAAAUGGGUUGGAGGCUAGCUAAGGAAGUUGCUUAUUUUGUUAAAAAGAAAAUGGACAAAGCAGCAAAAUAUGGGAGUUUAGGAGAUAUUAGACUAAGUUUUGUUGGACAUUCUAUCGGUAACAUCAUUAUAAGAACAGCACUAGCAGAGAGCAUGAUGGAACCAUUUCUAAGAUAUCUACAUACAUAUGUUUCGGUAUCUGGUCCACACUUAGGGUAUCUUUACAGUUCAAACUCUUUGUUUAAUUCUGGAUUGUGGCUUUUGAAGAAACUAAAAGGUACACAGUGUAUUCAUCAACUAACCUUCACAGAUGAUCAAGAUAUUCAAAAUACAUUCCUGUAUAAACUAUGUAAGCGGAAGACCUUGAAUCAUUUUAAACAUAUAAUCUUGGUAUCUUCCCCUCAGGAUGGUUAUGUGCCUUACCAUUCUGCUAGAAUUGAGUCAUGCCAGGCUGCUUCACAUGACAAUUCAAAGAAGGGUAGAGUGUUCCUAGAGAUGCUCAAUGAUUGUUUGGACCAAAUUCGUGCCAAUCCCUCUGAACAUCGAGUUUUCAUUCGAUGUGAUGUUAAUUUUGAUGCCACUUCUUACGGCAAGAAUUUAAACUCUAUGAUUGGGAGGGCUGCUCAUAUUGAAUUUCUGGAGUCUGACAUUUUUGCAAGGUUCAUAAUGUGGUCAUUUCCGGAAUUAUUUCGGUAGUGAUUCCUAUAAAGCCUUGUUUGCAUUCAUGUUUUGUACAGAGCAUUCCCACUAAAUAUCAUCAGAGACCAAUUCUGGCCAGAUUUUAGUCACAAGUUUACUCAGAAUGAUCUCCAUGGUAUGUGUAAAUUGGCUGGAGGAUAUAGACAUCUAAGCUGCAUAUAUUUAGUCUGCUUCAAGAUGUUUAUUUGCCACUCAUGUGUGUACACAUAGCUUUAGGAACAAUUCUCAGUAGCGAUUUUAGGUUGGGUAGAUGACUCUCAAUGCAUAUACUUAGCUUUUAUCUUACUGAUGGAACGCAAUUACAAAAUUAGUUAUAAACUGCUACUAUGAAAUAGGCACGUAUUUUAAAUUUUUAAAUGUGAAUUUGGUUAUUAGGGAAUAAAACAAUCCAACCUAUUCACCAUUGCCUUGUUAAGUUGUGCAAUCUAUGCUCCUUUACAUUUGAAACGGGAGUUCAUAUUGUAUAAAUAUCCUUUCGUUUGUGACAGUGGGUGUUAUUCACAAUUCAAUUUUAAACUAGGAGAAAUUUGGACCAAACUCCUUCUUCCUGCACCCCGUAUCCCUAUCAAAAUUACCUAAGUACCCUUCAUUAGAAAAUGUUAAAAACCUAACCUUUUCCCCUCCUCCAUUGUCGGAAGGGUGGACCUCCAUCAUUGGAAGAAGCCUGUAACGCAUUGCACCUCUAUUGGUGGAAGUCGCGACUCCGUGCAUAUCCAUUGGUCAUAGGCACAACGAAAAGCACCGAAUAAAGCAUCCUGGGCAACAUGAAGAAAAAAACUUGAAGGUUUGAUUCCCAUUACUUGAAUGUUUGUGGGGGACUUUUUUCUGAUUUAGAAUACAUGCCGGAUUGCUAAAUUUGUAACGUAUUUUGGAUUAGUUAAAAUAAUGGAUUCUAUAAAUCUGCAAUGUGAUUUUGGAUUCGAAAUACAUUUUGGAUUAUGCAAUGUGAUAUGUGUUCUAACAAAAACAUUAAUUGUUGUAUUUCAGUUUUGUA